AUGGCGGAGACCCGGCUCGAAGGUAUGCAUAACGGCAGAGAAUGUACCAAUUGCUGGGAUUCAAUAGUCAUUUAUUGUGCCACAUGAAUCAGAUUACCUCGGAUAUCCGUGUCCACCAUGCGCCAUGGAAAGUGUCGUCGGAGCACUGUCAGCCGAUACCCCCGCAACUUGAUAGCAGAUAUCCGGGGUGUAGCACCUACUUAAUCGCAAUAAAUUUUCACUCGAUUUCUAUAUUAGAAUAAAAUGAAAUCUUGUCAAGAAUACAUCCGAAUCGCGAAUGCAAUCCAGCAAAAAGCACAAAAUAAUAACAAGAAGCGACUUCUAGUGGCCAUAGCCGGCAUUCCAGGUUCAGGAAAAACAACUACGGCUGCAGCUGUCGCCCAACAUCUCAGGAUCGAAUCACCAAAUCAAAUCGCCCUCGUCUCCAUGGACGGCUUCCAUUUGUCGCGAGCAACCUUGGACAGUCUUCCGAACCGAGAGGAGGCAUACAUCCGUCGCGGUGCCCCAUGGACAUUCGAUGCAGCACGUUUUGUUGCGUUCGUUCAAAAACUACGACAAUGGGCAGAUUCUACUCCACUGACCUCAGGGAGCUCGUCUGACCCGGCCAUUAUCUAUGCACCCUCGUUCGACCACGAGGCUAAGGACCCAGUCGAGAAUGGGAUUGCUAUCACGAGUGAUGCCUCGAUUAUAAUCCUCGAAGGCAACUAUCUCCUCCUCAACGAAGAAAACUGGCGCGAUGUUUCGCAACUUGUCGACUACCGCAUAUUUGUCGACGCAGACGUACAGGAAGCCCGAGAGCGAGUCGCUCGACGACAUGUUAUUGCAGGAAUCGAGAAGACCUUGGAGGAUGGCUUCCGGCGUGUCGAUAGCAACGACUACUUGAAUGCGCUUCAUAUUCAGGAAAAACUAAUAACCCCUGACAUGGUGAUCAAGAGUGUGACGGAAUUGGCUAGCUGAUCUAGUAUACAUGAAGAUCCAAUCGAACAACUCUAACAGGCUAGAUUCGAGA